GUCGUAUAUUUUGGGGACAAGGUCAUUCUUGAGGAACCAAUUGAGAGCUGGCCAGUGUGCGAUUGUUUGAUUGCUUUUCAUUCCUCUGGAUAUCCUCUCGAAAAAGCUGAAGCAUAUUCUGCUUUAAGAAAACCCUUUCUAGUAAAUGAACUGGAGCCGCAACACCUUCUUCAUGAUCGAAGAAAAGUAUACGAGCGUCUUGAAAAGUUUGAAAUUCCUGUUCCAAGAUAUGCCCUUGUAAAUAGAGAAGUGCCAUACCAACAGUUGGAUUACUUCAUUGAGGAAGAAGAUUUUGUUGAGGUUCAUGGUAUGCGUUUCUGGAAGCCAUUUGUGGAGAAACCUAUUGAUGGUGAUAACCAUAGUAUAAUGAUAUACUAUCCCAGUUCCGCUGGUGGAGGAAUGAAGGAGUUAUUUAGGAAGGUGGGCAACAGAUCUAGUGAGUUCCAUCCAGAGGUAAGAAGAGUGAGGCGUGAAGGUUCCUAUAUUUAUGAGGAGUUCAUGCCAACUGGAGGGACAGAUGUGAAGGUAUAUACAGUUGGUCCUGAAUAUGCUCAUGCUGAGGCAAGGAAGUCUCCCGUUGUUGACGGUGUUGUGAUGAGAAAUCCUGAUGGGAAGGAAGUUAGGUAUCCUGUCCUACUGACUCCUGCUGAGAAGGAAAUGGCAAGAGAAGUUUGCAUUGCUUUCAGGCAAGCGGUUUGUGGGUUUGAUCUCUUGAGAUGUGAGGGACGUUCCUAUGUUUGUGACGUGAACGGAUGGAGCUUUGUUAAAAACUCACACAAGUAUUAUGAUGAUACUGCUUGUGUGCUGCGGAAGAUGUUCCUAGAUGCAAAAGCACCUCAUCUUUCUUCGGCAAUUCCACCAACUUUACCAUGGAAAGUAAAUGAACCAGUCCAACCUUCUGAGGGACUCACUCGUCAGGGUAGUGGUAUUAUUGGCACUUUUGGCCAAUCUGAAGAACUAAGAUGUGUGAUUGCUGUUAUUCGUCAUGGUGAUAGAACUCCCAAACAGAAGGUGAAGCUAAAAGUUACUGAGGAAAAACUGCUGAACCUAAUGUUGAAAUACAAUGGAGGUCGACCUAGAGCUGAGACAAAACUUAAAAGUGCUGUUCAACUUCAAGAUCUGUUAGAUGCCACACGCAUGCUAGUUCCUCGUACCAGACCAGAUCGAGAAAGUGAUAGUGAGGCUGAAGUCGAGCAUGCUGAAAAGCUCCGUCAAGUUAAAGCUGUCCUGGAGGAGGUAUUUAAUUUUCUUAACUUUGAUAUGAUGAUGAGUUUGUAGAGUAUUAACAACAUG